UCAAUUUUCAAUUCAACCUCAACAAAGCAAAAUUUCAAUUCAACCUCAACAGAGCAAAAAGGAAUUAUGCAGAAGUCCUCCAAGCGAACGAAAUUUGCCGCCGCCACCACCACCACCACAACUACCACAGUCAUGCAACCGCCUGUUCCUCCGCGUCUGACUAGAGAACAAGAACUCUCCAUCAUGGUCUCCGCUCUCCGAAACGUCGUAGUCGGAAACACGAAUCCCCUGCUUUCCCAGGAAUUGUUUCAUUUUCAAGACUGGACUACCACAGCAAGCACCUCCUCCUCCGGCACGGCUGCACCAAUGACUAACGGAUUUAGUAACGGAUUACUACCGGUGAUAUCUGACUUGGACACGUGUCAAGUGUGCAAGAUUCAAGGCUGUUUGGGAUGCAACUUUUUCCCGCCAAAUCAACCAGAAGAAGAUCAAAAUAAUAAUCGCCAUAACAACAACAACAACAAUAAGAAGGGGACGAACAAGAAGCGGGCCAAGAAGAACUACAGAGGCGUGAGACAAAGGCCGUGGGGAAAAUGGGCGGCGGAGAUUAGAGACCCGAGAAGGGCUACCCGUGUCUGGCUUGGAACAUUCAACACCGCGGAAGAGGCAGCGCGUGCCUACGACAAGGCGGCUAUUGAUUUUCGCGGGCCCAGGGCUAAGCUAAAUUUCCCAUUUCCAGAUAAUUACUCUGAAAUCGCAACAACAUUAACGAGUCACUAUGAGCAAGUCACACCAUCACAUCCGCAACCACAACCACCGCAGCAGCAGCAACAACAACAAGUGUUGCGAGUAAGCAGUGAAAAUGUUGCCAACAAUGGCGGCUCUGCAACAGAAAUGGGACUUGGAAUUGAAUUUGGGAGGGAAAGUGAGUUCUGGGAUAUUGGAGAAGACGAAAUUCAACAGUGGAUGACGACCAUUGGAUUUGGCGGGGAUUCCUCAGAUUCUGCUACAACUGGAAAUUGUCAUAGUUCUUAAUUCGUCGAGAUUAGUUCAUUUUUGGCAAUAAUUAAUUCGCUUUUUAUUUUUUUUUUCUCAUUCUUUCAUGAAUUUUUGAAGAGAGAAUGUUGGUUUGAUUAAAUUUGUAAAAUUCUUGCGGGCAAAAUGGAAAAAUAUUCAUCAAAUUAUUAAUUAA